UUGCUCACCCCUUCUUCUCUAGUCAAAGCUGCUGCACAAAAUUCUAUUCUUCCGCUCACUUUACGCGGUCCUUCCGGUGAUUCCAUAGAUGUGAUUUUUAAUCGUGCGAGGCCCUCUGCUCCGCGCUUGAAUACACCCUUAUCCACUCCUUUGGCCGAUUGUUAUUUCGAAGAGGAAGCUGAUGGUAUUUUAAAUACUCUGAGUGCUUGCACUACUUCUACUGUAUCGGGUAUCAUCUAUGCGGGUUCUAAUUAUUUCAUUCUUGAUACUAGAAACGGAAAAGACUUUGUUCUUUUACCACAAUCGUUGAACUCUUGCGAACUGAGAACCCGAUCGAAACGAGAAGGUAAAACCGUUAAGAACACGUUACCUUCGUACUAUUCUGAAUAUAACGAUGGAAGAUGGAGAUACGUCGAGUUGGCACUUGUUGCAGACUACUCUUUGUACGCCAAGUACGGUAAGGAUGAAGCGAAGGUUAUGGAACGUCUACAAACUAUCGCCCAUCAUGUUAAUGCGCUCUACUAUCCUCUUAAUAUACGCGUUACCCUAGUUUGGGUGGAUGUGUGGAAAGACGGCGACAAGUUUGAAGUUGCAACAAGUGGCGAUCGCACUUUAGACCUGUUUCUUAACUACAGGAAGCAGAUAAUGAAAGCUCAUCCAAACGAUAACGCUCAUAUGAUCACUGAUAUUCGAUUCGAGGCUAAUGUUGUUGGCAAAGCUUUCAAAGGGACCAUGUGUUCAUAUGAUUACUCCGGCGGAGUUGACGUGGACCAUAGCAAUAAUUCCGCCAUUGUUGCUGCAACAGUUGCUCAUGAGAUGGGCCACAAUUUUGGCAUGGAACACGAUGUGGAUUAUGGAACCACAUGUAAUUGUCCAGGAAAUCACUGUGUCAUGGCUCCCUCUACUGGUGCGUCACCUCCAACGUUUUGGUCAGAUUGCAGCCUCAAAUACCUCUCCACCAGCUUCAGUCACGGUGUUGAUCUCUGCUUAAAGAACCCUCCCGAGAAAACUGUCGGGGGUGCGAAAUGUGGGAAUGGUAUAGUGGAACCUGGAGAGGAGUGCGAUUGUGGCAGAGAACAAUGCCCCCAUUCCUGCUGUGACGGCAAGACUUGUCGUCUAACUGACGACGCGGAAUGCGCAGACGGAGACUGUUGCGAUCUUCUCACCUGCAAGCCAAAACCAAGAGCAACUGUAUGCCGUCCCUCUACUGGUAUUUGCGACCUGCCAGAGUACUGCAAUGGUGACACAGCGGAUUGCCCUGCCGACUUCUCUAUACAAAACGGUCAUUUGUGUCCUGGCAGAAGCGACGAAUAUUGCUACGAAGGGCAGUGUGGGAGCCGACCAGAUCAGUGUGUGUCCAUAUGGGGACCAACAGGAAAGGAAGGUGAUCAUGCCUGUUACCAGCAAAACACCAAUGGAAUAAUACAGGGCAAUUGUGGCUAUGAUGUGCAUACAGCGCAGUUUACUCGCUGUCUGGCCGAUGAUAUAAUGUGUGGUCGUCUACAGUGUGGCACACAGGCUGAACGCCCAAUUUUUGGCGAUCCGACAACGGUCACAUCUGCCUAUACGUAUGUGAGAGUCGGUUCUGAGACUCACCAGUGCCAUGUUAUCAAAACCACAUAUGUUGUUGGAGCGAAGAACAAGCCUGAUCCUGGGAUGGUCCUCGAUGGUUCUAAAUGUGGUGACGACAAGAUAUGUGUAAAUGCAAAGUGCAAGCCUCGUACUGAAGUGUCAAAAACUGUUUCAAAAUGUAAUGAUCAAUGUCAUUACAGAGGAGUCUGCAAUAACGUUGGUAAUUGUCAUUGUGAGAAUGGCUUUGGUGGAGUUGCUUGUGAAAUUCCUGGCUUUGGAGGGUCUGUGAAUAGCAACCCUUCAAAUACUAGCAGAGGAAUAACACCAUCAACUGUUUUAUUAAUCCUUUUGGCUUUAUCGACUAUUGUGUUGGCCUUCGUUUGCUUUUACUACUGGUUCAAAAAGAAGAGGAAUCUUCCUGGGGAGUUCUGGGACUAUGUGAGAAAGACACUGAACUUGCGUGGAGUAUUGGUACCUGUUCGAAAGGCGCCCCCGCCUCCGAGGAGACAUUUGAAGAGGGAAAGUUUGAAUGCUAUGUGGGGUGACGGAGUCGUCACGUAUACUGCAAAUGAACGUCCUCAGACAUGUGUACCUCCUGCUAUCCCACUUAUGACAGUCACCACUGAAAAUCACACUGUUAAGAACAAAAAUUCGAACCAACCUCUUGUUCAGUUCCCAGUUUUGGCCAACAACAUCAGUGACAAUAAGGCUACAUUCACAAGAGUGCCCUCCAUGCGACCGAAGGAGCCGCCACCAGUUGUCCCUUCACGUCCACCAGAAUAUAAAUUGGAAACCUUGUACAAGGAACGAGGAGAUGAAAUGGGCAUUAAAAGGAACUGA